GGUUCGCUCCCCCAUCCCGGAGCUUGUCCCUUUAAGAAAGUGCAGCACAGUAGCAGGGGCCGGCCCUGCCUCCCGAAGCCUGCAGCGCUGGAGCAGGGGAAUGGGAAGCAGUUCCUCCGCUGGGGCUGAGCGAGCGCACACGGCAGCGGGAGCAGCGAUAGCGGCAGCUCCAGCUCCGCUCCCGGGAGCAUCCAGCGCGGGGAUCAGCGCUCAGCCUGGCUCCCUGACACCGGGGCGACGUUCCCGAGCGCUGAGCUCAGCUGCUGUAAAGAGCAAAUAGGAAAAAUACACAGCUGGAUAAAACUGAACAUGAUCAGAAGAUAGCAUCAUACACCAUGAUCAUGGCCCCCCGGAAGAGGAAUCGUCAUGCGUUGGGGUUUCUUUGCUGUUUUGGGGGUAGCGACCUGCCUGAAAUCAACCUCAAGGACAAUAACCCCCUCCAGUUUCUUGAGUUUUCUGUUCCAAUCCCACCGGCAGAAGAGCUCAAUGCCAGAUUCUCCGAACUUGUGGAUGAAUUGGAUCUCACAGACAAGAACAGAGAGGCUAUGUUUGCGCUCCCUCCAGAGAAGAAAUGGCAAAUUUACUGCAGCAAAAAGAAGGAACAAGAAGAUCCUAAUAAGCUUGCUACCAGCUGGCCAGAUUACUACAUUGACCGCAUCAAUUCCAUGGCAGCAAUGCAGACUCUAUAUGCUUUUGAUGAAGAAGAAACAGAAAUGAAAAAUAAAAUAGUUGAAGACUUGAAGACAGCUCUGCGGACUCAGCCCAUGAGGUUUGUGACCAGAUUUAUUGAGCUGGAUGGUCUGAGCUGUUUGCUGAACUUCCUGAAGAGCAUGGACUAUGAGACCUCAGAGAGCCGUAUACACACAUCCGUUAUAGGGUGUAUCAAGGCACUGAUGAACAACUCCCAAGGACGGGCUCAUGUCCUGGCUCAUCCAGAGAGCAUCAACAUCAUCUCCCAGAGCUUAAGGACUGAAAACAUCAAGACUAAGAUUGCUGUGCUGGAGAUCCUAGGGGCCGUCUGCUUGGUACCAGAUGGUCACAAGAAAGUCUUGCAAGCCAUGCUUCACUACCAAGUCUAUGCUGCAGAAAGGACAAGAUUCCAGACGUUGUUGAAUGAGCUAGAUCGAAGUAUGGGGCGAUAUAGAGAUGAAGUAAAUCUCAAAACAGCCAUCAUGUCUUUUAUCAAUGCUGUCCUGAAUGCUGGUGCUGGUGAGGACAAUUUGGAGUUCCGAUUACACCUACGAUAUGAGUUUUUAAUGCUGGGAAUUCAACCUGUCAUUGACAAGCUAAGAGGACAUGAGAAUGCCACACUGGACAGGCACUUAGAUUUCUUUGAGAUGGUUAGAAAUGAAGACGACCUGGAACUUGCCAAGCGGUUUGACCUGAUCCACAUUGAUACAAAAAGCGCCUCUCAGAUGUUUGAGUUGAUCAAGAAGAGACUGAAGCACACAGACGCCUAUCCUUAUUUAUUAUCCAUCCUCCAGCACUGCUUGCAGAUGCCAUAUAAGAGGAAUGGAGGAAACUUCCAGCAAUGGCAGCUGCUGGACAGAAUACUCCAACAAAUUGUUCUUCAGGAUGAACGGGGAGAUGAUCCAGAUAUAGCUCCAUUGGAAAACUUCAAUGUCAAAAAUAUCAUUAAAAUGCUGGUGAACGAAAAUGAAGUCAAGCAGUGGAGGGACCAGGCAGAGAAGUUUCGGAAAGAUCAUGCUGAGUUGAUGAGCAGGUUAGAGAAGAAGGAGCGGGAAUGUGAGACAAAGACCCAGGAGAAAGAUGAAAUGAUGAAGACACUGAACAAAAUGAAGGACAAGCUGCAGAAAGAAUCCUUGGAGCUGCGCCAGACCCGGGACCAAAUGAAUGACCUGAUGGCUCAACUUAAUGAGUUCUCGCAAGGGGGCAGCAUCUCCUUCCCACCCCCACCACCACCCCCUCCAGGUGGCCCAUUAGCUUUGUCCUCUUCUCACAUGUCUGAGAAUUUGCCUCCGCUGCCACCUCCUCUGCCUUUCUCCAGCUGUCCCCCUCCUCCUGCUCCACCACCUCCUCCAGGAGGACCUCCUCCCCCACCAGGAGCACCACCUUUCUUCAGCAUGGGGAUACCACCGCCUUCAACAACCACCUUCAGCAGCAGUGGCACCAGCCUGAAGAAGAAAUCAAUCCCACAGCCUUCACACCCACUGAAAUCCUUCAACUGGGCUAAGCUGAGUGAGGAGAGGAUCCAUGGCACAAUCUGGAAUGAGAUUGAUGAUUUAAAGGCAUUCAAGGUGUUGGACCUAGAAGAUUUUGAAAAAAUGUUCUCUGCGUAUCAGAGACACCAGGACCUGCUAACUAACCCCUCCUCCUGUAAGCAGAAAGAGAUGGGUUCAACAGAAGACCUUUACCUCUCCACACGGAAGGUGAAAGAGCUCUCUGUGAUUGAUGGCCGGAGGGCCCAGAAUUGUGUCAUUCUCCUUUCCAAGCUGAAGCUGUCUAAUGAAGAAAUCAGACAAGCCAUCUUGAAGAUGGAUGAACAAGAAGACCUAGCGAAAGACAUGCUUGAGCAGCUGCUGAAAUUUGUUCCUGAAAAGAGUGAUACCGACCUGUUGGAGGAGCAUAAACAUGAAAUUGAGCGCAUGGCCCGGGCGGAUCGUUUCCUCUUUGAAAUGAGCAGGAUUGACCACUAUCAGCAGCGGCUGCAAGCAUUAUUCUUUAAGAAGAAAUUUCCAGAGAGGCUGGCAGAAGCAAAACCAAAAGUGGAAGCUAUUCUUCUGGCAUCCAAAGAACUCAUCCGAAGCAAGCGUUUGAGGCAACUCCUGGAGGUAGUUCUGGCCUUUGGGAAUUAUAUGAACAAGGGCCAAAGGGGAAGUGCUUAUGGCUUCAAAGUCUCCAGUCUCAACAAAAUUGCAGACACCAAAUCCAGCAUAGACAGGAACAUUACACUGUUGCACUACUUAAUUAUGAUCUUUGAAAAGAAUUAUCCAGAUAUCCUAGAUAUUCAGUCUGAAUUGCAGCAUCUUCCAGAAGCAGCAAAAGUCAACCUGGUAGAGCUGGAGAAGGAAGUCAACAACAUAAAGACUGGAUUGAAAGCUGUUGAAGCUGAGCUGGAUUAUCAGAAGAGACGUGUGCGGGAACCAGGGGACAGGUUUGUUCCUGUCAUGAGUGAUUUCAUCACUGUGGCCAGUUUCAGCUUCUCAGAGUUAGAAGACCUUCUCAACGAGACAAGAGACAAGUACGCCAAGGCACUGAAGCAUUUUGGAGAGAGCGAGGGCAAGAUGCAGCCAGAUGAAUUUUUUGGCAUCUUCGACACUUUCUUACAGUCAUUUGCAGAGGCCAAACAAGAUCUCGAGAAUAUGAGGAAGAAAAAGGAAGAAGAGGAGCGCAGGGCACGCAUGGAGGCCAUGCUAAAAGAGCAGAGGGAAAAAGAGAGGCGACAGAAGAAAGCAAAAGCUGGAAGCAUAUCUGAAGAGAGUGGGGAGUUUGAUGACCUGGUGUCUGCUUUAAGGUCAGGUGAAGUCUUCGACAAAGACUUAUCGAAGCUCAAGCGUAACCGCAAGCGUUCGGGGAACCAAGGCUUAGAGACAAGCCGUGAGCGGGUGGUGACAAAGCUAAAUUAUUAAUUACAAGGGGAAGAAAAAUAAUCAACCGAAAGAAGAUCAUGCAAAAGUGCAAAACAAGGAAAAUGAAUGUGUGCGACAGUGCCUGGCUAACAGCUGCCCCAAAGGAUUUCUUUGGUCUGUGGCUAGAGACAUUACCUUUCCAUGAUCAGCUUGCCUCUCAUCCCUCUUCUGUGCUCCUAAUUUGAACCAUUAUAAAAGUGCCUCUAUGGACGCAGCAGGGCUUGUGACUGGGCUAUGCAGAGCUGACAGAUUUUCUUCUGGGAAUUUAUUGUGUCAUCAAAGGCCUCAUGGUGAUGACAGAAAGUACUUGGGCUUUGCAAACUGCCUCACAGCUGGAGAAAGAUAAUUUUUCUGUGUGCCAAAGUGAACACUAGUCACGAUCCCCAUCUUGCUGAUAAUAAGCAAGACUAAUUUCCGAGCAGCUCUAUAAUCACCUGUCACUUCUUCAAAAUCUAGACUGGCCUUCAGGGGCUUGUCAAAUGUGGCUCUCGAGGUUUCCAAUUUCCCUACAAAAUUGGAUUUUAUAAACCAUUGAUUAGCACCUGAAAAAUGCUUUUCAUCUUAUGUUCCAUGUAAUAUUUUUAUGCGGCUUACACUGUCCAAAGCAAGUGAUGCUCAGAUGGAAGUAAUCUGGUUCUGGAACAAACUAAAAUUCAAGACUCAGAUCAACGUAAAAUACUUUGCAAGUCUUUUGGAUUCUGCUUUUCUAGAAGCAGCUUUCUGGAUUUUGUUGAUGGUUCAGCCUCAAAGCUAUGAAAUGCAUCUUCUAGGAAAGACACUCUGGCUUUUCUUUAGAAGCCGCUGCCAUGUUGGGAUUACAAGUAGAUGACUUUGGAGCCUGUUGUCAUUGCUGGAGGGUUGGAGGGAAACAGCGGAACAUUUCUUACCCGUUUGUGCAAGAUUUCUUAAUGCAGCCUGAUGGAAAUUGGGAGCUUCCUAGUAUCAUCCACAGGUCACAAAUUGCAAAAGGCAAAUGAGGUCACCGGAUGCAAGAAAUGUGAUUUCUUUUCCAGUUGAUGCUAGCUGUGAUUGCUGUUGGCAUGAACUUGUCUUUCUGUCUAACAGGCAGACCUUCAGUGCGUGCGUGCGCACAGACACACACACACGCCCCUACUUAGGGGAAUCGUGUAACUCAGCAAGAUAUGAAUGAUGUCAAAAGAGGUUGGAACCCACAGUCUUUUUCAUUUUGAAGGGAUCACUUGACAUGAACCGACAGAGAGUCCCAUAAUGAAAACUGAGAAUUUUUCCAGGAAUUACAGUUUGUGUAAGCUGAGCAGGCUUUGGAGAUGGGUUAAUUCAUAAGAAAAAAAUAAAUUUAUAUUGAAGCUACCUGUAUAAAGCACACAGCACAAAAGCAAAGAACCCCAAGAAGUGGCUUGAAUUCUGUGUUUCUUCAUGGCUGUUGGAAAGGGAUCGGAUUGUGUAGGCUGUCAUGAGCCUUUUUUUGUUGUUGUUGUUGUCUUUUGAAUCUUGUCUUCCUUUUUUGUUAUCUUCCCUGGAAAAGAAAAAGUAGAAGAGAAAGAAAAGGUGUUGGAUUCUUCCUCCUAGACAGGAAGAAAAGAGAGGACAUUUGAAAAGAGAGACUCACCAUCUACAAACUAUGCAUCAAUAGUCAACAGCACAAAACGUCAAAGAAUCCCAGGGAAGUGAGAAAAGCUCUAUUUGUCACUUUAAUAAUUUGGUUUUAUUUUUCUCUGAAUGUCACUCAAACUCAGGCUCUGUACCGAGUCUGCAGAACAGAAGUUCCUCUGCCGUGCACACUGCCUGAUCAGUAUUACACACUACCGAUACUGGAGAAGCGAACUGUGGUGGUUUUCUGAACACUUUGAGAGUAAGAUAAUUAUGUAAACUAUGGAAGAAGCAAAAGAGUCAGAAUUGCUAAACUCUAAUAUUUCAUUGUUUACUGAAUUCUGAGUCUCCCACCCCAGAAUUUCCCUAUUUACGACAUUCCAGACUGCCGCGCCUCUGUAUAAUACUCAUCGUAAAGAGCUGGUAUCUUACAAGAGCUGGGUGCAUUCUCCUCCCUUACUAUCCUGCUCCCCUUCUGGGAUUAGCUAUUAACAGCAAUGCCUAUUACAGCGGACACAAGCACCUUGUAGAAGAAAGACUGUAUUUCAUAUAGGUUUUUGAAAGUUUAAGAAAAAAAUCUCACUUUUUAAAGCAUUUUUAUUUUAAAUUACGAAAUGGAUUUUUAGAAAUGUCUGUUGUAAAUUAUAUUAACAAGCUCCUUGCUGCUCCCUGAGGUAGACAUGCUAUAUCCCAGCCCUUUUUGUUUGUCUUGUUUUCAAGCAUGCCACAUAAACUAUGCCAUGUAAGCCAUAUGAGAGGUGGUAAUAUGUGCCAAAUUGGUAUGCAGUUGAGUUUAGGUUUGGGUAAUCCCUGAAUUCCAGAGACGAUGCUUUUAGGGAUUAGAACGUUGUAGGUUUUUUGCCCCUCUCUUUUCUCCCUGGGUUUAGGACUUGCCCAGAAAUUCAGGUGUAGUGCCAAGGUCAGCCCUGGUGCAAAAUGAUAUGACUCAUGGCUCUGUCCAAUUUACGGCUGCUUGCUCGCUUCCCGGGUACUUGUUUGAUAAGGCAGACUGUCAGCAUGACAGUGCUGUCAGAGAAGAAACACCUCAGGGCAAAACCCUUAAAUAUAAAUACAGCAUUCCCCCAGCCCUGGUAUUUGUGCUGUGUUUUUUGAAACUGAAGUCACUUUGCCAGGCCACAAAUGUAGCAAAAGCAGAGAGAGUAAUAAACCCUCUGUCCAUUUGUGUACACAGUUCAACUCCGAUUUAAAGAGAUACAGUAUGAUGGUACGCAGCACUCUGGUCAUGCUGACAGAGUCAAAGAAAUCUGAUGUAGUUUUUCCACCUCCUUUACUCAUACACAAAUAAGGACUCCUAUGCAACUCCUGUAAAUCCUGUGGGAUACUUACUCGAGUGGACAGAAAGCUCAGAGUCAUGCCCCUGAUUCAUUGCAGCUCAACGUUCUCAGUACUCCAGUGCCCCAAACUCCUGUUUUGAAUCUCUUGUGGUGGGUGAAGGCUUUGUUCAGCAUGCUGAACAGUCACCCUUGGCUUUUGACUCCAUGGUGAGUGCUCAUAAAGAGGGUUUGGGGAAAGCUCAGUUACGCUCUGAAGCAAGGAGUGAUUUCAUGUAAGUGGUGACAAGUGGAAAGACCCAUUAAUAGGUCUAUUGUGUGAGAUGAGGCUGGCCACACAGAAGAUAAGGAGAAAAGUUGGUUCAGCUCUAGGGCCUGGCAUCAGAUUCUUGCUGAAGCCUAGUUUGUCCUUUCUUCUCCUCUCUUGGGAAUUAUAAUUGCAUCUAUGCUCUGUUCUUCAUCAGUGAUUAUGGUAGAGUUACUGAGUGCUGAAGGGGACAGGAAAAUAUUAUUCCUUUUCCUUUAGUGCUAGCAGAGCCUAAGCAGGUAUAGUAAGCAGUGGUGAGAUGUAACAUUAAGGCGUAACCUUUUUAUCACACUGAUAGUUGGAGAAGAACUGGGGUCUUCUCUUGUCCUUGCACCUGUGCCUAGCACAAGCAUUUUAAGUGAAAUCACUCUUAUCUUCGGAAAUAAGUGUCGGAGUAGGAGAGGCAAGAAAGGGGUAAAAUCAAGGGCUUAUUCUGUUUUACUCUUCCUGCAAAAAUAUAGUCAUUGCUAACUUCAUCAUGAAGUUCUUCACACCUAGAAGAGGAGGUACUUUCUUACUCUCCAGACCUUGUCUCUGGAGGUCCAGUGCUCACUCACUUCUGUGUGUCUGUGUUGUUCUUAAGCAGGUUGCAUUAGGAUGACCUCAGAAAAGACCAAAGAACUCCCUCCACCUCCCACUCCCUUUGGUCUGGGUCAUUCACAGAUGGUCAUGUCUCUGGAAAAGCUACCAGGUAAAGUGACUUCAGGGCAGCAAGGCUCUUUCCAUGCCCUGCAGCACAGCUAUCAUUUGGGCAUUGGUUCCCUCUGAGAGCAGGAGCAGUACUAGUGUUCAGGAGUGAGGGAUUCUCCACUAGGGAGAUGACCUAGGAGUCCUUCAGAAGCAUCUCUGUAAUGUGUUUGCAAUGUCUGAGGAAGGGAAGAAAUCAUUAAGGGCCCUGUGGGGAACUGUGGAGCAGGCAUUUCCGUUAUGGCCAGCCCCAGUGGCUGAAUUUUUCCUUUUUAGGAAAGCUCACACUCUGAGCUGGGUUGCAUGGGAGAAGCUUGUGACAGGAGUUUCUGUGAGGGAAAAGGAGAUCAGUUGUACAGUUCAUGAUGUACAUGAUAUAUGCAGUUUUGUUUCUGGGUUGGUUUUGUUUGUGUUUUUGUUUGGGGGUUACGUGAUUUUUUUUUUAAAAAAAAAAGGUUUUAGGAAUCUCUAAGGGGGACCUGUAAAUCUGACACCUCUAUUUAUUUUGCCUUAUUUUAGUUUGCUAUGUUUGUAUGUAUACACUGCAUUACGGCAAAGACUAUUGAGACCGUGCCAGGGCAUUACAUUGGCUAGACAGCUGGGUUGGCUAUUGUGCAGCAAGCAGAACUGUGCAAGAGGAUGUGUGUGAACAGUCUUUGUGUGGGAAGCAAAGGAAGAAAACACUAUUCUUUUGCUUUUGUCAUAAUCGCUUUGCCCAUGGUGAUACUGGUUCUGGGAGAACAUGUAUUUUAAAGCAUGUGGUGAUCUGAUGCAGGUUGGUUAUUUUAGAAUGCUUUCUAUAAAAAAAAAAGUUUAUUUCUCAUCAUGAAUCAUGGUGAAAGGAUUGAGAAGAGUUAAACUGCACAGUUGCUCAUUCAAACUUCACCCUUCCACACAAAUUCUGACCAUAAUACCAGAGAAGCUUGGAUAGAUGGAUGGAUAAAAGUGAUUUAUACCCUGCGACUUCUCACCAGGACUAACACAUUGGUGAGAUGAGCAAGGACAGUUCUCCUUCCUAUCUUCAAGGCCAAGGAAGAAGGAUUUCCCCUGCAUCCCCUCUCUCCUCCUCUGCCCCACCUCCUCAGAUUGUCCAGGGUAAACAAAGUCUUUCUACUUGUUGGUGUUUCACAUGUGGAGUCUCUAGCAAUCACCAGAUAUUUGGCUAUGGCUUCUUGGCUUCUAUAAUCAACAUAGCAAAUUUGGGGUUGCCCGCCAUCCAAACAGGUAACCUCCAUUGGCUAUCUUAGCUUUUCUGCUAUCAAAGGUUGAAGAGGCUAACCUGGGUAACACAAUUUGGCCAAGUGAAAAUAUAGAAUUUUUAUACGUCUGUGUGCGUGUACAUAUACACUACUCUAAGCAGCAGUUUUGAUAACCACAGUCCCUGGAAGAUGGCUAGAUUUUCCUCACUGUGCCUGCUGAGAAGGAUGCCAUUAGUCUGGCAUGGUGUUCUGGCACCUUGUUUCAUGAGAGAGUCUGGAUGCUUAAUAGAUCUUCCAAACCAGAGUCUUCUGUUACUGGUGAUAAUGUAUUAAUAAGAUCCAGGUUGAGCAAUACAAGUUGCUCUAGGUUUACACAGAGCAAUUCAAAGCAGCAUCUGGAUCAGAACUCCCCUUUAGGCAGUUUUGGCUAUUUACAAGAUAUUCCACAGAAAUUGUGAAGGGCUUGGUCCUUUUGUGUAUCCGCCACUGGGAUCUCUCACCCAAGCAAUCUAGGAAAGACUCUAUGACAAACCAUUUCCUCCACUUCACACAGUGAAGCCCUUGAACAGGGUCUUUAAAAACCUUUGCCAUUUUUAGGAGAAUUGUAAGGGGAUGUCAGGUACCUGAGCCACUCUGUGCUCAACAUUUCCCCUCCAAACCAUCCCCAUUCUCCAGCCAUUCUCCUCCCCUGCAAGCCUACUCAGCUUGAAACUCACAGGUCACUUUGGGAUGUGUCCCUGCCCACUAAGUUAGAAAGUAUGGUGCAGCUUACUGAAGUGGGAGGUUGUGUGCUGCUGUAAUGCCUUGGCGUAUCCUCAUUUCUUAGUCAGUUUAAGACUAUAAGUGAAUUAUAUGUACAAAUCCUGUAGUGUCCUUUUUAUCUGUAUCUUUUUAUAAGAACAUACUGUAAUACUAAAAAACAAAAAAAAUUAAAAGAUAUAUUGCCCCCACUACGUCUCAGUACA